CUGUACGGAUCACUCAUUGUGUGUGUGCGGAUUUGGUAAACAAGCUCAUUACAGCAUGGAAUGUUAUCGAGAAAUCCGUGUGGUUGGUAGGGGUUCAUUCGGAGCAGUGCAUCUCUGCGAAAGGCGUUCAGAUGGCCAGCAGGUGGUCGUGAAGCGUGUAUCCAUCUCGCAGAUGACUGACAGCGAACUGGCGGCGAGCUGCACGGAGGUGCGUGUGCUGUCGAUGGUGCAGCACCCUCUGGUCGUGCGCUACCUGGACAGCGUGGUGCAGGAGGACGCCCUGCACAUAGUCAUGGAGUACCUGCCGGGGGGCACGCUACGAGACUUCCUGCGAGCGCGCGACGGCCGUCUGCUGCCGCAGCAGGAUGUUGUGACUUGGGCAUCACAGUUGGUGCUGGCACUCUACCACAUUCACUCACUCAAUGUCCUGCACCGUGACAUCACAUCCAGCAAUAUACUGCUCACUGCAAAUCACAGGUGCCUCAAGAUUGGUGACUUUGGCAUUUCGAAGAUUCUUGCCAGCAAGUCUCGGGCACAGACACUAGUGGGUACACCAUGCUAUCUAUCUCCAGAGCUGUGUGACGGGCGUGACUAUGGGCGUGAGAGUGAUAUCUGGGCUACUGGAGUAGUCAUCUAUGAGAUGCUUGCACUGCGAAGGCCAUUUGAAGCCCCGACUUUAGCUUCCUUGGUGAUGCAGAUAUUGCGAGCAAGAGUACCACCAGUAUCAGCAACUCAUUAUGACUCUACAGUUCAUGAUCUUAUAACAAUAAUGCUACAUAGGGAACCUAAGAGUCGGCCAUCAGCUCGGCAGCUGCUAGCACAUCCAGCCCUCAUAGCAGCUGUUCAUGCUGCUCCAGUAACUUGUUUUCACUGCAGUGAAGCUUCUUAUGUCUGACUGGAUUAUGUGUAAAGAAAUGCGUGUGAGUGUACCAUCA